AGUGCUCGCCUCCUUUACUUCAAUGAGCGCUAUUGUUGAAAAGUCUGUGCGCCCCAGAACGCUGGCAGACCUGGGUCUCCAACCCUGACAGACGGAACGAGUGCGCUGCACUGGUGCACCUUUUCGUCUGAACUUCGUGUGGACGCUAACUCUGCUGCGUUACAAGAAACACUUCUGGGCUUUGCAUGUAGAGAGACACGCCGACAAAGUGGAUAAAAACUUUGGGUAGAAGCUGCUCGAGCGCAUUCCCGCGGACGUUGGAUUACCAAGGUUCCAGCUUCUUAAAUAGUUUUAGGCCUGACGUCACCAUGCUGCCUUAUUUCCUGCUCUUCUUCCUUUCAUUUGGUCUGGUGUUAUCCUCUGACUGCCCAGCAGACUGUUCCUGCCAGAUUCAGGGCUCAAUAUUCUGCAUUCAUCGACACUCCAGCACUGUUCCCCAUGUACCCACCACCACCCAAAAUCUCUACAUCUUCCAAAACGGCAUUGACACUUUGUCCCAAGAUGACUUCAAAGGCCUGGGGGAGUUGGAGUUGCUAGAUCUGAGCCAGAAUGAGCUGGCAGAGAUUCCAGACGGUGUGUUUGAGAUGCUGUCAAAGUUGAAGAACUUAGACCUGUCUUCUAACCACAUUACCCACAUUUCCAAAGACAGUUUUUCUGGGUUGGUCCAGCUGGAGAGGCUGUAUCUCCAUGCAAACCGCAUUCAGAGCAUCCAUUUGGAAGCUUUUGAAGGUUUAGAAAUGCUACUGGAACUCAAGCUCCAAGGGAACCAGCUCAACUCUCUGCCAUCCCUUCAUUUUCCCAGGCUUCUGCUUCUAGACCUCAGCUACAACAACAUCCCAAUGCUGGGACCCUCAGAUCUCCAGACUCCCCACCUGGAGGCCCUUAAGGUGGCCUCUCUGGGGCUUACCUCUGUGGAUGAGGAUCUCAUAGCCUCCUUGGGGAACCUCCAUGAGCUCGACAUCUCCACAAACCAGUUAACUGAGGUGCCCCAGGCCCUAAAGCAGGACUCCCUCAAGGGGCUGAUCAAGCUCAGCCUGGCUGCCAACCCAUUGGGCGAGCUCAGGGUGGAGGACUUCCAGAAACUGACUGGACUUCAAGAACUGGAUCUCAGUGGACUUAAUCUCCAGGGAUUUCCCCAGAGAUUUUUCCAGACCUUCCCUAGGUUGAUGCACCUGACAGCUGCUGAGAACCCAUUUAACUGCUUGUGUCCAUUAGCCUGGUUCCCUGUCUGGCUAAUAGAGAAGGAAGUGAAUCUUGGGAGGCGUGAGGAAACCAGAUGUCACUUCCCUCUAGUUAAUGCUGGGAAGAUGCUUUCAGCACUGGAGCACAAAGAUUUUGGGUGUCCACCUACCACAACAGUGCUGAUUGGCUCCCCAAUUGGAAGUACUUCUGUUCCCCAGAUGCCCACCACAUCUCCAGAAACCACCCAUACCAACGCUAUUCCUCCUCCUCCUCCACCCAGUGAGGAAACUGUAUCCUCAAAAACAGACAGCUACCCCCUUCCACCAGAACCUCCUGUCUCCCCUAGCUCCACCAGCGGGGAAUACGAGCCACACAUCUGCCCACCAAACAUCUGCCUCAAUGGGGGCACUUGUAAUUUUGACCCAUUGGGCCAACUCAGCUGUCUGUGUCCCUCAGGAACCUCUGGCCUCUACUGUGAAAAUGUUAAUGAGGUUCCUGAGCCACCAAAACCUUCAGCAACAGAGGUUUCGAUAGCCCCUGAGAUGCCCGCUGAACUUGAUGCUAUCAGCUCACGGCAGGUGACCUCCACAUCUAUCCUUCUUGACUUGCACCGCUUCAUCAAGACACGGCCACACAUCCGUGGCAUCAGGUUGACCUACCGUAACCUCUCAGGGCCUGACCGACGCCCCAUUAUCCUAAGUGUACCGGCAUCCUACCCUGAGUACACUUUGCGUGGUUUGAGACCCAACUGUACCUACUCAGUCUGUGCUAGUCCCCUGGGUGAGAGAAUCAACUCUAGGGCCAACAGCUCUGUAGAAACAGGGUCGUGUACAGAGGCUCGCACAGAAGGGGUUCCACUGACAUCCAUAGAGCCCAGGGUAGAGACACAGAGCCAGCUGACAUACACUCUCAUCCCCACCCUGGCUGCCCUGGCACUGGUGCUGGGGUUGUCCGUGGUGGCUGGGGCAAUCAUCUGUGUGCGGAAGAGGAGGCAGGCCAAGGCCGGAAUGGAGCUGGAGCUGGGUCCGGCUGAUCCUGAUCCCAUGGAACUGGAGGGGAUAAAGGCCUGCCUGGAGAAUGGGGGAAAUGGUACACUACCCCACAAACAGCCUGAGAUUGACCGCUGUCACACUCCUCAGCCGCCUCUAUCCUUGCAACAAAAUGGGGGUUUAGACUAUGAGGUACCCUUGAUGCAAGGACACUGCCCAUCAAAUAACAAUCCAGCAUCCUUAAAGCCAUCGUAUUUCUAAGAUGCAAUAAAAUACACUUCGAAAGAUUUUGGAGAGAGUGGGCUUGCCCAUCCGGACUUGUGACGUCCUGCUAUGGCUCACUUAGUGUUUAAAAAUCAAAUUUUCAUUCCAAUUUCAGAUAUCCACAAUUUGAAAAGUGGCACUUACUAUCCUUUGUUGUCCAAAUGAUAACACUACAGACUGCAUCAUCUAUUUUAGAGAUACUGAAUGAUGAAUUUAAGAUUACAGCAUAUUGGAAAUGUGCUAAACCACUGCAGGACAAUGAUCAGGAUGUGGUUUGAAGUCAUCUAGCAGAGUAUGAUGAUGGUGAAACCUAACCAAGUGAUUAAACUAAGUGCAAUCGACUAGAAGGGUCUUAGUAGCAGACUGAAAACGGAAGUGCCUUUCUGCAUUGACACAACUGUAACCGAUGGCUCAUUUUAAAAAAAUGUCUUUGUUUAUAUAAAAAAAAACUAUGUGAAUGAGCUGUAAUCCUGUUGCUGGAUUUUGGAGAUAAAGUAUGGAGCAAAGUGCCCCAGUGUUUGGGCUACAGAACUGGAUGAAGUGACAGUGGUUUAAAUGAAAACAGUGAUGCAGAUGUGUGAUGCCUGGACCACACGUCCCAGUAGAAAAAAUGCCAACUGCUCCAUGGGGAUUAUAAAUAGAACUUGCACUGAAAAGAAAUAUUUCUUUUCCUUUCCUGUGUCCCAGUCACUAACUGCCACAAGACUGAUGGUCGCAUAAGGAAAUGCAAUAACACAAAAACUUUGUUUUCACAAAAAAUACUUUGCAAAGCUAGUAAUAGGUUGAUGACCAUAAAAGCUGUCUAAACUUCAUAUUUUGCUGUUGACAUUAUCUAAUCAGAAACAAAACUUAAAGUUUCUUCACAUGCGGAUUUGGAUUCUUCAGUGUCAACAGAUCUACCAUAAUUCUCUCCACACAUCCCAAAAGUUUUGGCUCCGUGGGACAUACAUUUGCUGUGAAAGAUAAAUGGACUGAAUAAAGAGCCAUUGAGAAUGGACUUUGCUGUUCUGUGCCGUGACGGGAAGGCUGUUUUGUCUAGCUUAUAUAAUGAUAUUCUAUUUUUGUCAUGUGUUUUUUGUAUUUUUAUCAUGUCUUUUGCUGUUGAUGUCCAUUCAGUAUUGCUAUUGUUGUGAGUUGAAACAUUAAUUGUUCUCCUUUGAAAACACCUACUUAAGUCAUCAUGGAUUCUAUAAUUUUAGAUUUCCAUUUUAGGUUACAUGUAGCUAAAACUUUCCAGAGCUACUAGCAGUGAGUGCUAAAGUAAAUACUAGCUUAGGUUCUUUAUACCAGCACUAAAAGCAACCAACAGUAAUCAAAUAUCUACUAAAACCUUUUAAUUUAAAGAUUAAAAACUCAGUCAUCUUUACAUAAUGUACAGAAUGCGUUUGUAUGAGGUUUAUGAAAAUAUGCCUGAGGAACCCACCAAGUGAAUGUAACUGUCAAGUGUCAGACACUUAAUUCUCUGUGCCAGGUCUGCCAAUGCUACAUAAGGCAAGCCACAGACUGUUUUUGACCGCCAAAGCUCCCAAAACUGUGUUCAAAGGCCUUUUGCCACAGAGCCCACUGCUAUAAAGUAGCACACGCGUGCAGAGAAAAGAAAGCAAGAUCAAAGAGCUUGAAGGCAAUUUGCUGUGGGUGUCAGUGAAUUUUAGGCACUAGUUUCCUCUUUUGCUGCUGACCGUAUCAUUUCUGAGAUAUGGUCUAGACAGUGCCCCCCUUUUGUUCUCUCACAUCUCUUGCUGGCUCUCUGUGCCUCCACUUUAACCAUCCAGUGUGUUUUGGUCAACAAGGAUUAUUGGCUUGUGUGUUUGGAGACUGUUUUGCCUGUUUACAGCCAACCAGACUGUGAAAUGUUCAGGCUAAAUGCACCGUUCUCUUUUUUUCUGUCUGGGUCAGCGAAUGUCACAAGCUUUUAGUGUUACUUAAAAAAAAAAUCAAAAAAAUCUUUUCGUUUUUAUAAGAAAGAUUUUAGUAUAAUAGGUUUACAGAGACGUGUCUUGCAACAUUGGUGCAGCGCCUUACUGACAUCUUGUAGUGUCAUAUUACAUGCUGAUGUGUAUUUCAAGAACAAAAGAGCCAUUAUUUUGCCUCACAAGACACUGCAUUCAAUUACAUUACAAACUAAAAAUGAAGAAACAUGAAAUGUAAUGUAAUCAAUUUAGUCAGGUUUUAAAAAAUUCCUUCCUCAGUUCUUGGUUAUCCACCAGCCAAAAGCUUGGAUGACUGGGUGUUAUCAGUUAGUUUGUUCAGGUGUGUGUGUGUGUGUGUGUGCCUGUUUUUUUGCUUCCACUUCUACAGUACAUUGUCUGCUUUAUAAUUGAGUCCAUGCACUAUACUCCAGCACUGUCCAAAAUCAACUUACCAUUCUUUGGCUUCACUACUUUCUUCGUUCUGUCAAUAUUCCAGUAUAAACACAGACACAGAUGCUCAUAUAUCUGCUCUCCCUCAAUAUAUCAAUUGGAAGACUCUCUGUAUUGCUUUGGACGGUGAGAGGGGCAGGAAAUGUUUGAAAUAUUUUCAACAUGCUUGUUACAGAACCUUCCCUGUAUUUAGGGAAACUUGUCUUAUUACUUGUCUAACUGUUUUAUGUUUGUCAAUUAUGUCAAUUCCGUUUUUGUGUAGGUGUUUGCCAGAAAAGCAAUGCUGAGAAAAAGAACAGUAUUAAAAAGACUUAUUGUUAAAA